GAGACGGACAGCCUCGUGCUUUGGGGAGCAGAAGUAGACACUUGAGAGUGAGCCCCCACCCACCCACCCCAGACAUCGCACGUGAGGCCAGGCCUUGCUGUCGGCAGUGCAGAGUCGUCUCCCGGGGACUUCCUGUUCUGACCAUCCCCUGGCGCCCAUGAGGAAGAGAGUGGCCAUCGUCGGGGCAGGGGUCAGUGGGCUGGCCUCCAUCCGGAGCUGUCUGGAGGAGGGCCUGGAACCCACCUGCUUCGAGAGGGGCAAUGAUGUUGGGGGCCUCUGGAAUUUCUCGGACCAAGCCGAAGAAGGCCGGGCCAGCAUCUACCAAUCUGUGUUCACCAACUCUUGCAAGGAGAUGAUGUGUUACCCGGAUUUCCCGUACCCGGAUGACUACCCCAAUUAUAUGCAUCAUACCAAGCUUCAGGCGUACAUAAAGUCAUUUGCCCAGAAGAAGGACCUGUUGAGGUACAUACAGUUUGAGACCCUGGUUUCGAGUAUAAAGAAAUGCCCCAACUUCAGAGUCACCGGUCAGUGGGAAGUUGUUACAGAGAAGGAUGGAAAACAGGAGACUUCCACUUUUGAUGGAGUGAUGAUUUGUUCCGGACAUCACGUGUACCCCAAUUUGCCAACUGGUUCCUUUCCCGGAUUGGACCAGUUCCAGGGACAGUACCUCCACAGCCGGGACUACAAGGGUCCCCACGCCUUCCAGGGGAAGCGAGUGCUGGUGAUCGGCCUGGGAAACUCGGGGUGUGACAUUGCUGUAGAACUCAGUCGUCAGGCUGCCCAGGUCAUCAUCAGCACCCGAAGUGGGUCCUGGGUCAUGAGCCGGGUCUGGGAUGACGGCUACCCAUGGGACAUGGUCUACGUCACCCGCUUUGCCAACUUCCUCCGGAAUAACCUGCCUGGCUUCGUCUCCGACUGGCUCUACGUCAGGAAGAUGAACACGUGGUUUAAGCACGAGAAUUACGGCCUGGCGCCUUUAAAUGGCACUCUGCGCAAGGAGCCUGUGUUCAAUGACGAGCUCCCGGCCCGGAUCCUCUGCGGUGCCUUGUCCAUCAAGCCUGGCGUGAAGAAGUUCACUGCAACCUCAGCCGUUUUCGAGGAUGGGACCGUCUUCGAGGCUGUGGACUGUGUCAUCUUCGCGACGGGCUACGGUUACGCCUACCCCUUCCUCGACGACUCCAUCAUCAAGAGCAGGAACAAUGAGGUCACCCUGUUUAAAGGGAUCUUCCCUCCUCUCCUGGAGAAGCCGACCAUGGCCGUCAUUGGCCUUGUCCAGUCCCUGGGGGCUACGAUCCCCACGGCUGACUUGCAGGCUCGCUGGGCCGCCAAAGUGUUGGCAAACAAAUGUACCUUGCCAAGUGAAAAGGAAAUGAUAGACGACAUUGAUGAGAAAAUGGGAAAGAAACUCAAAUGGUUCGGCCAGAGCCAGACACUGCAGACGGAUUACAUCUCCUACAUGGACGAGCUGGGAUCCUUCAUCGGCACCAAGCCCAGCAUCCCUUGGCUCUUCCUGACCGACCCCCAGCUGGCCGUGGAGGUCUUCUUCGGUCCCUGCAGCCCCUACCAGUUCCGGCUGGUGGGGCCGGGGAAGUGGGAAGGGGCCAGACACGCUAUCCUGACCCAGUGGGACCGCACAAUGAAGAGCACCAGGACCAGGGCUGUGAGAGAGGCGCAGAGACCCCGGCCCUUCCACGACCUGCUAAGGAUGCUGGCGGUGCCCGCUCUGCUCCUGGCUGCCUUCCUGAUGCUCUACUAGCGAGAUGGUCCUGCGGCAACCUAGCAUCCCAGCACCCAGCUCAUCCCUACCACCUCCUUCUUCCUCUCCGCCUCCUCCAGGUCCGAGUCGAGAACUACAAUCUGAGUGGAAUGCGCAGGCGUUUCCUUUCUAGCGAGCCCCCACGCUCCAUCCAGAGGCCAUCCAGAAGUCCGAGAGGCAAACAUGGGAUGCUCAGGAUGAGAUCAAGGAUGACAGGGAGAACGGGGCCGGCGUCCAAGUUCAAAUUCACAGGCCAGGGGCCGGAGCGAUAGCACAGCGGGGAGGGCGUUAGUCUUGCAUGCGAAUGACCUGGGUUAGAUUCCCAGCAUCCCAGAGGGUCCCCCGAGCACUGCCAGGAGUGAUUCCCGAGUGCAGAGCCAGGAGUCAGCCCUGAGCAUCGCCGGGUGUGUGACCUCAAAUAAAAGCAGAUUUACAGGUUGAACACGAAGCUUUUCCAAGAGGGUUCUAGCCAGAGCUGAGCUGACGUCCCACGGAUGAUGAGUUUUCCAACUCCCAAUUCUUCAGCCCCCCUAAGUUGUUUCCUGUCCGCAGUGUUUUGUAGUUUUCAGUGGCUUUAGCUUUCUCCAUCCUAUGUCAGAUGUACCCUAAGAAUUUCUCAUUCGUAUUGCAAACCACAAUGCUCAAAAGUAAAGAGUGUGGGGGAGAUUGUCUGCCAAGAGGCAACGAGAGGGGUGGGAUGGGGGGUGAUACUGGGGACAUUGGUGAUGGGGAAUGUGAACUGGUGGAGGGAUGGGUGUUCGAUCAUUGUAUGACUGAAACCCAAACAUGAACGCUUUGUAAUUAUUGCUCACAGUGAUUCAAUCAAAUAAUUUUUUAAAAUGUACAAACUGGGGGCCAAAGUGAUAGCACAGUGGGGAGGGCAUUUGCCUUGCACGCGGCCGACCCGGGUUCAAGCCCCAGCAUUCCAUAUGGUCCCCCGAGCACUGCCAGGAGUAAUUCCUGAGCGCAGAGCCAGGAGUCAGUCCUGAGCAUUGCUGGGUGUGGCCCAAAAAAGCAAAACCAAACCAAAAAAAAAAAGAAUUGCCUAUUUGGGCGUCUUUAUAAGCUCACAUGGGGAUCACUGGUUAUAAGACACAGUUGUUGACAGGUUUUUAAGUUGCUGAUGGUUUUUGCCAAUAUGUAGAAAAUUGAUCCAAUGACCUUCGUGUAGAUUGCAAUUCACUCUCUCCAUGGAUGAUCAUGAAGUCUGAAAUUAAAGAUGGGUUUGCUUCUCCCA